GGCGGGGCGAGGGCGGAGCGGGCAAAAGGGAGCGGACGGGGCCCGGACCGGUUGCGGUCCGUGCGGAGGCUGAGCCGGCCGCGGGUGCGACCGGAGGCAGAUAAGGACACUGACACCCUGAGAGCUCUCAGAGUUCGUCAGUGACAGAGCCAGAAUUUAAAUCCAGGCAGUGGAACACCAUUCUGGCAACCAACAGUUAAAACUGGAUGUUAAUGGCAGUUUCGGUUACUAUGGCAAUGACGGCAGGGACUACAAACACCUUUCCUAUGAGCAACCAUACCCGGGAAAGAGUGACUGUGGCCAAGCUCACGUUGGAGAAUUUUUACAGCAACCUAAUUUUACAGCAUGAAGAGAGAGAAACCAGGCAGAAGAAAUUAGAAGUGGCCAUGGAAGAGGAAGGAUUAGCAGAUGAAGAGGUAACUACGUUAGCUGUAAUUACUGUGACUGUGGCCCAUAUCCGAGCAGAAAGAGAUAUUUUGGUAGAAGCAGAUGGUGCCUGGGUGGUGAAGAUGUUUUACAGUUUUCAAGAUAAGAGGAACCUUUAUCUGAUCAUGGAAUUUCUCCCUGGAGGUGACAUGAUGACAUUGCUAAUGAAGAAAGAUACUUUGACAGAAGAGGAGACACAGUUCUACAUUUCAGAGACUGUUCUAGCAAUAGAUGCAAUCCACCAGUUGGGUUUCAUCCAUCGGGAUAUUAAACCAGACAACCUUUUAUUGGACGCCAAGGGUCAUGUAAAAUUAUCUGAUUUUGGUUUAUGCACGGGAUUAAAGAAAGCUCAUAGGACUGAAUUCUACAGAAACCUUACACACAACCCGCCCAGUGACUUCUCAUUUCAGAACAUGAACUCAAAGAGGAAAGCAGAAACAUGGAAGAAGAACAGGAGACAGCUGGCAUAUUCCACAGUUGGGACACCAGAUUACAUUGCUCCAGAAGUAUUCAUGCAGACCGGUUACAACAAAUUGUGUGACUGGUGGUCUUUGGGAGUGAUUAUGUAUGAAAUGCUAAUAGGAUAUCCACCUUUCUGCUCUGAAACUCCUCAAGAAACAUAUAGAAAAGUGAUGAACUGGAAAGAAACUUUGGUAUUUCCUCCAGAGGUACCUAUAUCUGAGAAAGCCAAGGACUUAAUUCUUAGAUUUUGUAUUGAUUCUGAAAACAGAAUUGGAAAUAGUGGAGUAGAAGAAAUAAAAGGUCAUCCUUUUUUUGAAGGUGUAGACUGGGGGCACAUCAGGGAAAGACCAGCAGCAAUCCCUAUAGAAAUCAAAAGCAUUGAUGAUACUUCAAAUUUUGAUGACUUCCCCGAAUCUGAUAUUUUACAACCAGUGCCAAACACCACAGAACCGGACUACAAAUCCAAAGACUGGGUUUUUCUCAAUUAUACCUAUAAAAGGUUUGAAGGGUUGACUCAGCGCGGCUCUAUCCCCACCUACAUGAAAGCUGGAAAAUUAUGAAUGGAGAUCACGUUUGCCCACAACCAAGAGAACUCAGGUAGCUGCAUCACCAGGCUUGCUUGGCGUAGAUAACAAUACACUGAAAUACUCCCGACGACGGUGGUGCUUACGACAAGAGGAAAUUCUACAGGAUUAGGAUUUCUAAGACUACUGCAGGAAUUGGUUGGCAGUGCCAGCUGGCUUUUUUUUUUUUUGAUAUUUUAUUAUUUUUAGUUAACUUUAUUAUACGAAGGUACUGGAAUAAAAGAAAUGUACAUCCCUUUGUAACUGCACUGCCUACACGCGUAUUAAGGUCCAUUCUGCCUGUGUGUGCUGUGGCUUUGUACUGUAACACCUCUGAUCAAUUCAGGAGAAACAUAUCAUUUAAAGCAACAUAGGCUAACCUGUAGGUAACACUGCAGUAUUGCUGUUUUACUGCAAAUCUUAUGGGUCUAGAUAAUCAAAAAAAGCCAUCUUCCAUAGUCAGUGUUAGAAUACUUGCCCUAUUGGUUUGGACAUCUAUAGAAUGAAUAGAUACGAAGACAAUUUCUGUAAUGGUUUUAAGAAAUUUUAAAAAGGAAAUACACUGGUUAUUUAAAAAA